CAAUUAGUAUAGCCCCUCCCUCCCUCCCUCCCUCCCUCUUCCCCUCUUUCUCUCUCUCUCACACACACACACAGUUCAAACACAUAUCAAACACAUUUCACACAAAGAAAUAAAAAAUCAACAAAUGGCACUCCCUGAAACACAAGGGACCAAUACCCUCCCAGAUGCCUGGGACUACAAAGGCCAUCGGGCCCAGAGACUCACCACCGGUGGCUGGACCAGUGCAGCCAUGAUUCUAGGGAUUGAGGCAUGUGAGAGGUUAACAACUCUUGGAAUAGCUGUUAAUUUGGUGACUUACUUGACUGCUACAAUGCAUCUGGGGAAUGCUUCCUCGGCCAACACAGUCACCAACUUCCUUGGCACCUCCUUCAUGCUCUGUUUGUUCGGCGGCUUCGUCGCGGACACUUUCCUUGGCAGGUAUCUAACCAUUGCCAUCUUUACCACAGUUCAAGCAACUGGUGUGACAAUUUUGACCAUUUCCACCAUAAUCCCUAGUCUCCGGCCACCAAAAUGCACCAUAGGCAGCGAGUCAUGCACUCCGGCGAGCGGCAUGCAGCUAGUGGCCCUCUAUAUAGCACUCUACCUCACUGCCCUUGGCACCGGCGGCCUAAAAUCGAGUGUUUCCGGCUUGGGCUCCGACCAAUUCGAUGAUUCGGACAAAAUUGAGAGGACCCAAAUGACCAAUUUCUUUAAUUGGUUCUUUUUCUUCAUUAGUAUUGGAUCACUUUGUGCGGUGACAAUACUUGUGUACAUACAAGACAACUUGGGCAGAGAAUGGGGUUAUGGAAUUUGUGCUUGUGCUAUUUUGCUAGGCUUGUUUGUGUUCUUAUCGGGCACUAGGCGGUAUCGGUUCAAGAAACUUGUCGGAAGCCCGAUAACGCAGAUCGCCACCGUGUUCGUGGCGGCGUGGAAGAAGAGGCAUUUGGAGCCACCGUCGGAUUCUUCUCUCCUCUUCAACUUGGAUGACAUUGCAAACGAAACACAAAAGAAGAAAAAGCAAAUUUUACCCCAUUCUAAGCAAUUCCGUUUCUUGGACAAAGCAGCAAUCAAGUACCCUGAAAUGUCGAGUGAAGUCACUGUGGUGAAUAAGUGGUGCCUUUCAACUUUAACAGACGUGGAGGAAGUGAAAUUGGUGAUUCGAAUGUUACCAAUUUGGGCCACCACUAUUAUGUUCUGGACUGUCUAUGCCCAAAUGACCACAUUCUCAGUGGCGCAAGCCACUACCAUGGACCGCCGCAUCGGCAAAUCGUUCCGAAUUCCGGCGGCGUCGCUAACCGUUUUCUUCGUGGGCAGCAUUCUCUUGACCGUCCCGGUCUACGACCGAGUUAUCAAUCCGAUCGCACGGAGAGUGCUUAAGAACCCCCAAGGGCUAACCCCAUUGCAACGCAUAGGCAUCGGUCUGGUCCUCUCAAUUUUUGCAAUGGUAGCAGCAGCACUUACUGAACUCAAGCGACUGCACGUUGCGCGAUCACAUGGUAUGACGGACAAUGCAGCGGACGUGAUCCCACUUAGUGUAUUUUGGUUGGUCCCACAAUUCUUCUUCGUGGGGUCCGGGGAGGCCUUCACGUAUAUCGGGCAGCUCGAUUUUUUCCUAAGAGAGUGCCCUAAAGGGAUGAAGACCAUGAGCACAGGGCUGUUUUUAAGCACACUUUCACUAGGGUUUUUCUUCAGCUCUCUCUUGGUUUCUAUAGUGCACAAGGUGACUGGUGACAAAAGGCCAUGGCUAGCUGAUAAUCUCAACCAAGGGAAGCUUUAUGACUUCUAUUGGCUGUUGUCAAUCUUGAGUGUUUUGAAUUUGGGAUUGUAUUUGAUAGGGGCAAAAUGGUAUGUUUACAAGGAUAAAAGGCUUGCAGAUGAAGGGAUUGAAUUGGAGGAGGCAGAAGAGCCUAUUGGACAUGCAUAAGUUCUAAUUUCCUCCUCUAUUUAUUUUUACUUAUUUUUAUAGGGUAUUAUUGUAGCUUACUUUUUAGUAGGUAGCUUCCUUUUAUAAUUUGUCUUUAGAAUGCUUUUGUGCUUUUUUUACAAUGUUGUAACCUUUAUGUACAAAAAGAAUGGAAAAGGACCAAGAAUUAAGAGGAA